AACUCUAAAUAUUUCUGUAUUUGUAGUCCAGUGGUCCAUUUUUGCUGUGUGUUUUCAGACAAAUUUAGUUUUAUAAUUUAUUCCGAUUGGAUUAAAUAAUAAUAAUUAAAAAAAAAAAACUGUAAAUUAUGAUUGCUGAAUCAUUAAAUUUUAAAUAAAAAUGGACACAAAUAGGCCUAUAAUGUGUGGUUAGUGAAAGGUACGACAUUUUACGUUUGUAACUAUUAGGGAGACUACUGUUGUUUAGGAGUAUGCCAAACGAUUCUAUAAAAUGAAUUAGACAAUAAACAGGAAACAAAAAAUGUCACGACAGACCUCCUGGGAAAAGAGUGAUGUGAUAAAUGUGACGAGGCAAAGUGAGCGGUGCAAAUUAAUUGCUUAUUUUUUCAAGAACCAAUUCAUUUAAACGAACAGAUCAAGUGAAUCGAUUCGGUGAAUGAUUUGACUCUUCAGCGCUGCUAAGCAACGAAACAAAACACAAAACCCCUCCGUUGCCUUGAUACGAUUGUUUGACUCCCGAAAACCAUAAGCAUUUCCGACACACAUUUCACUCUACAGACGUGUAUCACAAUGGCAGAAGACACGCACGAAGUCCCACAACUUGAGUUGGAGGCUGUUAUUGGCUUUAAUGGGCUUGUGUUUUCUGGACUCAAAGUGCAUCCAGACAGAGAGCAUCUAAUUUACCCUCUGGGCUGCACUGUUAUAAUUAGGAGUCUGAUAAGUGGAAAGCAAGCUUUCCUUCAUGGCCACACAAACAAUGUCUCUUGUAUUGCUGUGUCCAAAAGUGGACGCUACAUUGCAUCUGGACAGGUCACUUUCAUGGGCUUUAAGGCUGAUGUUAUUAUCUGGGACUAUGAGAAGCUGGAGAUUUAUACCCGUCUCGUGCUCCAUAAAGCUAAAGUUGAAGAUCUCAGCUUCUCCCCAAAUGAAAAGUAUCUAGUAACUCUGGGUGGUCAAGAUGAUGCAAGUAUUGUGGUGUGGAACAUCAAAAGUAAAGAGGCAAUCUGUGGCAGUCCUGCUUCAGCACAGAGUGCUGGUCACUGCCUCACCAUCGAGUACACCAACCUCAGUGAUGAAAUCUUUGUCUCCGCUGGAAAUGGAAAUCUACGUGUGUGGGAGCUUGAUUUGGCCAACAGGAAGAUCCGAGCCACAGAAUGUCAGACAGGGCAGCUCAAGAGAAUUGUCAAAUGUAUUGAGAUCCCAAAGGAUGAUAUUUAUUUCUACUGUGGAACAACUAGUGGGGAUAUUCUGAAAGUGAACCUAAAGACUAGGUUGCUCAACAGCUGUGGUCCUGUUAAACAAAAAUUUAGCAAGGGAGUGAACACUCUGAAAGUUCUGAACACUGGUGAUAUUUUAGUCGGAUCAGGAGAUGGCAUGUUAACAAUGUGCUCAGGAGGAAAUUUCAAAACUAUUAAGAGUGUCCAGUUGGAAGGAGGGGUGACCUCAGUAACCCUGCGCGGAGAGGGGCAACAAUUCCUUAUCGGAACAGAGUCAGCACAGAUCUACAGUUUUGGCUACACUGACUUCAAACCAGAGCUCAUUGCCACCAAUCAUAACAGUGCUGUAAAAGAUGUGGCCUUUCCUUUUGGGACUUCAGAGCUUUUUGCCACCUGUUCACAGAAUGAUAUCAGGGUGUGGCAUGCUGAGUCCUCCAAGGAGCUUCUGCGUAUCAUGGUGCCUAACAUAACCUGCAAUGCUCUGGGCUUCAUGCAAGAUGGCAGGAGCAUCUUCAGUGCUUGGAAUGAUGGGAAGAUUCGGGUUUUCACCCCUGAAAGUGGGAAACUGAGGCUGAUAAUUCAUAAUGCCCACAGUAUGGGAGUGACUGCCAUAGCAGCAACCAAUGACUGCAAGAGGAUCGUCAGUGGAGGGGGAGAAGGACAGGUGAGGCUUUGGGAGAUAUUCCAGAACUCUUAUCGACUCAUUGAGACCAUGAAGGAGCAUAAAGCCACCGUUAACUGCAUUAAGAUCAAGAGUAAUGACAAGGAGUGUGUGACAGCCAGUUCUGAUGGAGCCUGCAUCAUCUGGGACCUGGUGAGGUUUGUGAGGAAUCACAUGGUCUUGGCCAACACCCUGUUCAGUGUUGUAUGCUACCACCCUGAAGAAUACCAGAUCAUCACUAGUGGCACUGAUAGAAAGAUUGGCUACUGGGAGGUGUAUGAUGGUUCUGCAAUCAGAGAACUUGAGGGCUCCUUGUCUGGGGCUAUAAAUGGCAUGCACAUUUCUGAGGAUGGAAAAUAUUUUGUGACUGGUGGAGAUGAUAAACUAUUGAAGCUCUGGCUCUACUCUGAUGGUGAAGUGACCCACGUCGGUAUCGGCCACAGUGGCAGCAUCACAAAUGUGAGGAUUUGUCCCAACAGCAAAUAUAUUGUCAGCACCAGUGCCGAUGGAGCUGUCCUAAAAUGGAAAUAUCCACAAACCUCAUAGAAUCCUAAAC